AUGAAAGACGAAGCCCAGGAAAGGUUUGAUUAUUUAUUUAAAAUAGUGAUAAUUGGGGAUGCAAAUGUUGGUAAGACGAAUAUUAUUUCUAGAUUAGUGAGAGAUGAGUUUAUUGAGCAUUCAAAAUCUACAAUUGGCGUUGAUUUUGCCACAAAAACAUUCAAGUUUGGAAGCUCGUCAAUCAAGGUGCAGCUGUGGGACACUGCAGGGCAGGAGAGGUACCAUGCGCUGAUAUCCGCAUAUUACCGAGGAUCAUCGGGUGCUGUCAUUGUUUAUGACGUAACUAAUAAGCCCAGUUUUGAGCAUUCUUACACUUCUUGGCUAAACAACCUUGAGUCAUCGACAAAAGAAAGCAUUCCCAAGAUGCUCUUGGGGAAUAAGAUUGAUCUGCGUGAUCAGGUUGAGGUUUCGAGGGCUGAUGGAGAGAGGGCUGCUCUGGAAAGAAAUAUGGCGUUUUUUGAAACAUCGGCACUCUUGGGAGAUAACAUUCACAUUGCCUUUGAAUCGUUUAUCAAAAAAAUAUUUGAAAAAGAGACUACAAAGGAGAUUGCUAGCAGUAAAAAAUUACUAGACGAAAGUAAAGUAAAAAGAAGUAACCUCGCCGCCAAGAGUAAAAGGAAGAGUAGGUGCUGUUAA